AUGGGUCCGAUCUCUUUCGGACUCUUUUACGAUAACAAAACGGAAGACGACACAAUAAUCUCCAAUUCCGUUAAAGAGAGGAACUUCAGGAUGUGUACCAUCAAUGACCCCAGCACGCCUAGCUUACCCACUAACUUAGGCUACGAAGUAAGCUCGUGCGCCGAUGAAGAUGACAAGCGCACGAGAGAAAGCUCGCAGAGAGAGCAGGUUCGUAUUAGUUUUAUGGCCGCUCCAGUAGAGGCUUCUGCCUCCACUUCUUCCCCAUUAAGAUGUAGAUAUUAUCUUCAUGGCGUUUGUUAUAAAGGAGCAAAUUGUAAUUAUGCACAUGACUUAAAAGCUGAAGAAGAUAAGACGUGUAGAUAUUAUUUGGCAGGAAAUUGUUUUUACGGAAACCGUUGUAGAUAUGAUCAUAUUGGGCGAAGGCGCCCCACCAACGUCGAUGGGUCUAUGUCUGUUUCUUACUUAUUACGGGAAAGCGCGAAGAAAGCAGUAACUACUUCAGUUGUGAAAGAAAAAUCCGAAGAUAAGGUGCUAGUAUUUGAGACUAAAUUGUGCCCUUUUUUAAUUUCUGGGAAUUGCGGCUAUGGAGACUCUUGCUUAUAUCUUCAUGGCAAUCCCUGCCCCGUUUGCUUGAAACCCUGUCUUCAUCCCACUCGUGCAGAUCUAAGUGAAGCACACGUUAAUUCUUGCUUGGAAAACUCCAAUAAUUUGGAAAAGCGAAUUAUAAAUUCGCAAAAGUCAAAAGGCGUUGAAUGUGGUAUCUGUUUAGAAGUUGUUCUUGAAAAGGCAACUUUAUCCAACAGACGUUUCGGUUUGCUUAAAUCUUGCAAGCACGCUUUUUGCCUUCCUUGCAUCCGUAAGUGGCGAAGCGAGCGGAAUCGCCCUAAAGAACUUGUGAGACAGUGCCCCUUAUGUAGAGUUGAGUCUUUUUUGGUGAUCCCCUCCGCUGUGUGGAUCGAGGACGAUGCCGAGAAAGAAGCUCUAUUCGAACAAUAUACAGCCAAUCUAAAAAAAAAGGAUUGCGUAAAUUAUAAUUUCGGCGAGGGCACGUGUCCUUUCGGUGCAUCUUGUUUCUACCGCCACGCUCGUCGCGAUGGCACAUUAGAGAAACCAGUUCUUCGAAAAGUUGCUAAUGCCGACGGCGAUCUUACAGUUCUGGAUAUAAUCAGGGUUUCGGAUUUUCUAAAUUUAAUAAAUUUUCAAGAAUCUGACAACUCCAGCGAUUUAGAAAAUUAAUUUUAUUAUAAAACGAUAAAAUUUGAG